AUGAUAACUUGUUGGGUCCUAGCCGGUAUCCUCGGUGCCGUCAUACUCCUUCAUCUUCUCGUCGAGGUUCAUUAUUUCCUACGUAUGUUCUUUACGGUAUUCCUUGCGAGAUUCUGUAAAAAGAAAAUUCAUAUACUUGAUGAAGCAUCGGUCUAUGGUAUUUGUACUACGACCGAUGUAGACACUCUUCUCUACCACAUGAACAAUGCGAGAUACCUACGGGAAUUGGACUUUGCUCGGGCCGAUUUUUACGAGCGAACUGGUCUCUAUCGUGAGAUUUGCUCCCAAGGAUCUGGUGUCGUUCAAGGAGCAGCAACGAUACGUUAUCGACGGUUUCUCAAACCUCUAACUAUUUACAAGAUAACUUCAAAGAUCAUUUAUUGGGACGAAAAAACGAUUUUUAUGGAACACCGUUUUGUCACGCCAAGCGAUGGAUUUAUCCGAGCUAUAGCUAUCUGCAGGCAAAGACUUUUAGACUGCAGUGCAGAAACGGUUAUGGGUACUCUCGUUGAUCGAGGUGUUAAACAAAAUGGUAACGUCGAGUCGGGUGUUACACAGAUAACUCACGUGAGGCCAGAGAUACCACCAGAAGUAGCAAGAUGGUUGGAAAGUAAUGAAAUUUCUUCUGCGAUUCUUCGACAAUCAAUUAUGCCUACAGUAAAUACCACAACAACAGCAAUGACGACGAUGACGACGACGACAACGACGACAACCACGACGACGACAACACCUUCGAAUUGCUGACAAGACGAGACCGCGACGAAUGGCGUCGCAGAAACUACGAUCUACGUAACCACUACCGUUUAAAUGUACGGUACGCGAGAACAAGAAAAGCGCCGUGUUUAUAUGUACCUUCAUUCAGGACAACGUUUCCAAGUGAACUGAUCAUGAACUAAUCACUUUGUUUGUUGAUAAUUCGGAGAAGUAUCUGAGAUUCUUCCUAUGUUUAUAUAUGUGUGUAUGUAUAUAUACACAUCUUUCUCAUACGACUCUUUGCUCCACGUAAAUAUAUUAUAUUCAAUAUCUAUUAAUGUAUAUGUAUAUGUAGACAAAAAUAACAACACGGUGCUUUCACGAUGACUGCUCAGGGCUAUUAUUUGAUGACCGAGAACAAAUAUUUACACGUAGACAUUUAACAAUAAGAUUUAUUCUUAUCGUCGCUUCGAGUUUAAAAAAUAAAAAAUGGGGAUACGCUUCAUGAUGUGAAUUAGCAAGAAAAAGAACAACUAGUUCUAUAAACAAAAGAACGAAGCACGAUACGAGAAAUUGCGUGCAACUAAUAUAUAAUACGUAUGUAUGUAUGUAUAUUGUAUGUAUGUUUCUCCUAGAAACCUAAACUAUAAAAAUUAUUAGAUACUUUUACUCUGAGUAUAUACAGGGUAUUAAACUUGACUUGACUACGCAAAGUAUGUCGAGUCAAAAAUUUUAUCGAGAAACAAACAAGUUAACGAUAUUCUCUUUCUUUUAUGAAUCAACGUACUUUUAUUAUCAAUUUUAACUUAUAAAAAAAAGUUUAAUUGUUGCUUUCUUUAAAUGAAAUAAUAUCUUACCAGAAUAUUAUUUCGCAUCAUUAAAAUCAAUUACUUAAGUUAUAUCAAAUAUUCUGUACAUAUACAUAAAUGUAAUGAUCUUAGAAAAGAUGAAACAUCCGUAUAUGAGCUGAUGAUUAUGAAAGUGGCCUAAGUCAUACACACAAACACAUUUGCUUUUUAAUGAUUACACAUUACUAUAAUAUAGAUCGACAGAAUAAAUGAUAAAUUCAAUUGUCCCAAAUUUUUGACUUAGUCCAUUUUUAUAAAUACUGCUCAUAUAUAUAUAUAUAUAUACACAGGCAUACAUAAUAUAUAUGUUAUAUCAUUUAUGAUGGGAAUUUUUACCUAAGUCACCAUUUUACAUAUUCAUGCAUUUAAUUAAAUGUAUAUUUCGUUUAUACAUAAUGUAUUAAUUACAGUUCAUUAUCCAUUUAAAGAAACGAUACAAAUUUAAAUACAAGCUACUAGAAAUAGUAUUUAUCGCGAUCUAUAUUAUUAUUGAUCGAUUUUUAAACACAAUUUUUUCUUCUCUUUUUUCUUUCCUUAUUGAAAUAAGCUUUAAUCUUUUCGCUCUAAACGGUGUAUAUAUGCGAUGUAUAUAAACGGUGUAUAUAAUAUCAAUUUUAUUUCAUACUCAACACCGAAUGUCUUAGAAAAUUGACAAUUACGAUAUAAUAUUAUAUUUUGGAAUUUAUCACACGAAAUUAUAAUAUUAAGCAAGUUUUCAUUUUUAAUCGUUUUUAUAAUUUUAUUAUCUUAUAAUUGUAAAAAUAUCAUAUACACACACACACACACAUAUAUAUUAAAAAUAUAAUAUUUAAUUAAAUUUUAAAAGAAGUUUAAAAUAAAAAUAUAAAAAGUUAUUUUCAAAAAAUAAUUUUAUUUAUUGUAAUAAAAUACAUCACUAAACUUAUAGAAUACAAAAAUUAAUCAAGCACUGUAAAAUUUUCCGUACACGAGAAAUAUAUUAUUUUACAAGCACCAAAAGCGAAAGGAUUGAAGAUCAACUAGGAAGGAAAUAUAUAUGCAAGGCAACACGUAAAUUUGUAUAAAGUAAUUUGAAUUUCUAUUAAUCGUUGUAUUUUAACGAUGAAAAUUUCAAAGAAAACAUUCUUUCAGAUUUAAUUGAUCGAAAAGACGAGAAUAUCUUCGAAAGUACGUCACAUCAAAGUUCUCUUUUCAAAAAGCUCGUUCAUUUUUUAAUUCCGUUAUAUCACACUUGGAACUCAUAAAAAUUAUAAAUAUAUUAUCAUCUACUUAUAUUUAUGAAAUAAAUGAAUUUCUAUAUUAGCACAAUUGACGACAAAUUGAAAUUUAUAGUUCGUUUAGAGAAAUAAAAACGAAAGAAAGAAAUAUAAAACAAAAAAAAAAGUAAUAGCGAGUAGCGAAAUACGCUUUGUUAUUAUAUAUCUAGAUUGUUCUGUAAUAAAAUUAUUACUACGUUGUGAAUAUGUUCUCGAUGUUGUUGUCGUCCAGAAAAUAUUAGAAAAUAAAGAAUUUACAGAAAUCAA